GGCUGAGGGGCGGGGCGGAGGCGGAGUCUAGUCCGCUAAAGGGGAGGGUCCAGCGCGGCCCCGGCGAGCUUCACUGCGCUUGCGCUGACAGACGCAAGAUGGCGGACAGUGCGGAACUAAAGCAAAUGGUUAUGAGCCUUAGAGUUUCUGAACUCCAAGUACUGUUGGGCUACGCUGGGAGGAACAAGCACGGACGCAAACACGAACUUCUUACAAAAGCCCUGCAUUUGUUAAAGGCUGGCUGUAGUCCUGCUGUACAAAUGAAAAUUAAAGAACUCUACAGGCGGCGGUUCCCUCAGAAAAUUAUGACGCCUGCGGACUUGUCUAUCCCCAACGUACAUUCAAGUCCUAUGCCAGCGACUCUUUCUCCAUCCACCAUUCCACAGCUCACUUAUGAUGGUCACCCUGCAUCUUCCCCACUACUCCCUGUUUCUCUUCUGGGACCUAAACAUGAACUGGAACUCCCACAUCUCACGUCAGCGCUGCACCCAGUCCAUCCGGACAUAAAGCUUCAAAAGCUACCGUUCUAUGACCUGCUGGAUGAACUGAUCAAACCCACCAGUCUAGCUUCAGACAACAGCCAGCGCUUUCGGGAAACCUGUUUUGCGUUUGCCUUGACACCACAACAGGUGCAGCAGAUCAGCAGCUCCAUGGAUAUUUCUGGGACCAAAUGUGACUUCACAGUGCAGGUCCAAUUAAGGUUUUGUUUAUCAGAAACCAGUUGUCCACAAGAAGAUCAUUUCCCACCCAAUCUUUGUGUAAAAGUGAAUACAAAACCUUGCAGCCUUCCAGGUUACCUUCCACCUACUAAAAACGGUGUGGAACCAAAGCGACCUAGCCGACCAAUUAAUAUCACCUCACUUGUCCGAUUGUCCACAACAGUACCAAAUACUAUUGUUGUUUCUUGGACUGCAGAAAUUGGAAGAACCUAUUCCAUGGCAGUAUAUCUUGUAAAACAGUUGUCCUCAACAGUUCUUCUUCAGAGGUUACGAGCAAAGGGAAUAAGGAAUCCGGAUCAUUCUAGAGCUUUAAUUAAAGAGAAGUUAACUGCAGAUCCAGAUAGUGAGAUAGCUACUACCAGCCUACGGGUUUCGCUGCUGUGUCCACUUGGGAAAAUGCGACUGACAAUCCCCUGUCGGGCACUUACCUGCUCCCACCUUCAGUGUUUUGAUGCAACUCUUUACAUUCAAAUGAAUGAGAAAAAACCAACAUGGGUUUGUCCCGUCUGUGAUAAGAAGGCUCCAUAUGAACACCUUAUUAUUGACGGGUUGUUUAUGGAAAUCCUAAAGUACUGCACAGACUGUGACGAGAUACAGUUUAAGGAGGAUGGGUCAUGGGCUCCAAUGAGGUCGAAGAAGGAGGUACAGGAAGUCACUGCCUCCUACAAUGGAGUCGAUGGAUGCUUGAGCUCCACAUUGGAGCAUCAAGUGACUUCUCACAACCAGUCCUCAAAUAAAAACAAGAAAGUCGAGGUCAUUGACCUAACCAUUGACAGUUCAUCAGAUGAAGAGGAGGAAGAACCCCCUGCCAAGAGGACCUGUCCUUCCCUGUCUCCUACAUCACCACUAAGUAAUAAAGGCAUUUUAAGUCUUCCUCAUCAGGCAUCGCCUGUGUCCCGCACCCCAAGCCUUCCUGCUGUAGAUACAAGCUACAUCAACACCUCCCUCAUCCAGGACUACAGGCACCCUUUCCACAUGACACCCAUGCCUUAUGACUUACAAGGAUUAGAUUUCUUUCCUUUCUUAUCAGGAGACAAUCAGGUGCAUGGUCUCCAUCCCAGAUCCUCUGUGAUCUGCUGUCUACCCUCUACAAGUGUGUUUCCCAGAAGUGCUGGAGCAAACGCUGCCUGGAUACGCAGUCUGUGGGCAGGCCCUCGAAUGACAAUACAUUUCUGUUGAUUCUAAAUCUGAAUUGCCAGUAUUCUGUAUGUAAGCCAAGGCUGUGAACACCUGCAUUUUGGUAACAGGGUAACAAGUUUUCCUUAAAGAUCUUCAUACCAAAAUGGGACGUGAAAGAACCCUGGAAGCCCCGUGGGGUGAGGAGUGUCAUUUGCAGCUGGCAGAGGACGUUCCAUUCCACCGAAAGAAAAGAAGGAAAGAAAGAAGUCAGUUACCCUAAAGUUAACAGUACAGCGCAGCCCACAUGUGGAUCCGUAGCAAAUCUAUCUGAUAAACAGUUGAAACUCAAAAAUAACCUUAGUUAUUUUGGUUUUCUGUCUCUGAGUAUACUUCCUUUCUUAGCCGUGUUCUUUUUUUCCUUCGCCUUUAGUGGCAAGCAUGACAUAGGAAGCCUUUUUUUUUUUUUUUAAAUUCAAGAAUCAGUUGGUCUUACCUACUCUCAAUAGCAGAAUAUGUAAAUAUAUUAAAAUUUGUUUCAGGAGAUGAUUAAGGGUCAAAGGAAGGAAAAAGUGCUUCUCAUACUUGAGAGUCAGCAGAGAAGAAAGCAUGCUCUUACAGUGGGAGAUAGAUGGCAGCUGAUGGAGGAUGCAGGGUUAACCACAGAGAGCCAGGGCGCACCAUCGCCAGCUCCUGAACUGGCUUUUAUGUCCCACCUUCGUGUUCUCAGAGUUGGGGAAGGACCAUCUUUGUGUGUAGUAAACUUGUUUUCAAGCCUUGCAUCCGUAACAGAAGGACCGGUAUUGAUCCAGGUAGAAGAAGUCAAGAUGGCUGUGUCUUCAGGUGUAUGAUAAAGCAAGUGGUUCACAUGACAGUGGCAUCAAAAAAUAAUAUGUUUUAUAGUGUCUUUCUGCUACUAAAAUGUCGACUUGAAUUUUUGAAAAAAGUUGGUGUUGAUAUGUAUAUGUGUGUGUGUGUGUGUGUGUGUGUGUAUAUGUAUUUAUAAACAAGUGUGUGUGAGUAACAUCAUCGUCUUCCCCAACGCAUGUGUGUUCCACACAGAAAUGGCUAUGUUAGAGUCACAAAACAAUUCGCAAUAAAAGAAGACAUUUGUUGUCAGUUUAAACCAGAAAUAGUUAUGUUUUUAAAUUCAUCUGGUGGUGUGAGUACAUGUUAUACCGCUUCUCAUUACUGUAUUAAUUUAGACUUGUUUCAGAUACCAUAAUUUGUAUCUAAAUUGGGAUUAUAGUGGAAAUCACUAAAAUUUUGAGGUGUUUCUAUUAACAUAGCAAUAGGAAACAUUUAUUAUUUCAACUACCUGAGAUAAAAUGAAUACUUUUCUUUGUUGUUGGUUUUGUUUGGGUAUUUUUGAUUUGGUUUGGUUUGGUUUGGUUUUGGUUACUAUUGUUAGUUUUAGGAUACUAAUCCAUAGUUUUUUGUGGCUGAUGCUGAAUUACAAACUUAGAACAAUCCAGUUUAAACCGGCUCUCUGCAUUCUUCAUGCCAGUUAUAGAGGGGUCACUUUCCUUCUGUGCCCUGCCUUGCACCAGCCUAAGGGCAGAGUGGGUAAUUGGAGAACUAGAUGUCCUGUGGCUUGGGUCGUGUCCCCACAGGAGAACAAGCCGUUUGGUUGUCUAUGUAUUUUAGUUCCUUCCACUUACUGAGGAGUUCACUUGUUCAGUGUUGACUUUCUGAAAUGUUGCAUGUGGUCAAGUUCAGUCAGAGACUUUCACAACCCUUAAUUAUUAGAGUCACACACCACUUUAUCUCCUACAUUUAAAAGAAAAGGAGCAUGGUCACUUUGUCCCCUCUUGUUGUUGUUGUUUUUCCUUAGCCCGCCCUCACUACCCAGCCUUGACAACCUUGAUUGAUAGGCCGUGGACAAAUACUGUUCUCAGCGUCUUUCAUUCAGCAAGUCACCAGGAGCCCCUCCCUUAGUCUCUCCCUCUAGCAUGUACACGUAUGCUCUAUACAGUACCAUGUGUUCUGUAUAAUACCGUCUGUGUGCUCCUGUCUGUAAGCACACAUCAUCAAUAAAGUAGCCAUUCAACCAGGA